UAGAUAUGCUUGAUGUCCCGUACCUUGCGCCAUGGAAGACGAGUUGUGUUUAUCCUCUUCAACCUCAGGUGUUUUGACUGAAUGGAGGGUAGCCCAAGGGCAGAGGGUUACGAAAGGAACGCCUUUAUGCCGCUACAAGAUUGGAGACCAAAUCAAGGAACUGAAGAGCCCGUACGUUGGGCAUGUCGUUGACGUCCUGGUGAACGAAGAGACUGAUGUUGAAGCCAAUGUACCAGUCGUAAGACUGCAGAGUGGAUGCGACCACUCUGUUGUUGCCUUCGACAUGUGCGCUCACUGUGGUGCAAAUUUGAGAAAACAUUCAGGCAAGGCUGAUUUGUUGGAAUCGAACACUACUGCUCAUUUUGCUGUAGUCCACACUGUUCCACAGCUGAAAGUGAGUAAAACGGAAGCAAGACAGAUUGCUGGUCGUGAUGAAGGGAGGUUGCUCCAACAGAGAAAGCUAGUUCUUAUUGUAGACCUUGACCAAACACUUAUACACACAACAGUUGAUCCAUCAGUUGAACCAGGACUCAAGGAUGUUUACGGUUUUCAGUUACCUGGUUAUCCUCACUUUUAUCACUGCAGACUGAGGCCUGGUGCAAAGGACUUUGUGAGUAAUAUCUCAGCAAAAUAUGAAAUGCAUGUAUUUACAAUGGGAGGGAGAGAAUAUGCUCAUACUGUGGCUGGAAUUCUGGAUCCAGACGAGAAACUGUUUGGCCGGAGAGUGUUAUCGAGAGAUGAGCUUGUGGAUCAAAAUCUGAAGGCGUCAAAUUUGAGGGCAUUGUUUCCUAUUGAUGACUCUAUGCUUGUAAUUAUUGAUGACAGGGAAGACGUCUGGGCAUCCAUACCAAACCUUAUCCUGGUUAAACCAUAUCGUUUCUUCAAGGAUGUCGGUGAUAUUCAUUCUCCAUCUGGUAAGUCUUCCGAGUCAGAAGAAGCAUGUAGUCAAGGUAAUACCAAUAAAAGUCAAGGAAUGACAGGUGAAGUGACAGACAAAGAAAUAAAGGAAAAGUCUCAAGAACCAGAUUUGGGGAAGUCCACAAAACAGACUAAAACAGAGAUACAUCAGAAAUGUGCAUCAGAAAACACGGGAAACAACGAUGCAGAGAAAGCUGUAGUGAAAGAUAAGCAAGAUGAUGAUGAUAAGUCAUCUCAUUCUUCAUUGUCUCGUUCUUCAUCUAAUGAGUCUGUGUCUUCGUCAUCUGAUUCUGCUCUACAGAAAGAUGAAUUACAACGCCAAAUGACAGAGACAGAUGACAAGAAUAAACAAGUUGAACAGGUUAUUGUCAAGAGUACAGGAACUGACGAUGCUGCCUAUACAGGGAAUGUUAGUGUACAUAGUCCAGGUAGACGGACAUCUCAUGUACUCAGUAAGGCCAUGUUAGCUUUAGAGGAGAGUGACAACGAUAACUACUUGCUGUAUCUUGGUCAAAUUCUCAAUCACAUUCAUGCAUCAUUCUAUGAACAGUUUGAUCAGAUGAGUGAUGGCUCACCUUAUCCUGAUCUGCGUGAAAUAAUAACCCACAUGAAGAGGAAUGUUCUUCGUGGAGCCAGCAUAGUUUUCAGUAGUGUGUUUCCAACAAACAUCACUCGACCAGAAGAGCAACUAAUAUGGCAGACAGCCACGGCAUUAGGAGCAGUUGUGAGUACAACUCUUGUGCUAAAUGAUCACUCAACAGGUAACCCACCAAAAAAGAAGAAAACGGAACAGGUAGUGACUACUCAUGUUGUUGCUGCUAAGAGAGACACCCACAAGGCAUAUCAGGCACAGAAAAUGCGUGGUAUCUAUUUGGUUAGUCCUGACUGGCUGUGGUGUUGUGCUGAGCGUUGGGAAUGGGUCGAUGAAAAACUGUUUCCUGUUGAUGACCUUCCAGUGGCUGUUGACUUAGACGACGAAAGACUGGCUCGACCAGCAAAGAGAGAGAAAGAUAGAACAGAGGAAAACGGUGUGGGUUCAAUGAAACGUAUUGAAAGGCUCUUCAGUGAUGAAGAGUUUGCUGAAAUGGAUCGAGAAGUUAACGAGGCACUGGGAAGUGAUGACUCGUCUAAUGAAGAUGAUGAACCCAAGGACAGGGCAGGUAUUGUACAUAGUGACAGUGAUUCAAAUUCACUGUCUUUCAAGAUGCCUGGCUCUUUUUCACCAGAUGAUGAGAGUGGAGAUAGUAGCUGCAAUGACGAGAGUGGACAGAGCAGCAGUGAAGACCAGAUGGCAGCAUUACUUGAUGAAGAAAUAGCUCAUUUCUGAUUCAACAAUUAUAAAUACUUAUAUAAUUACUGUACAAAUAGAAAUUGACCUAAUUUUCUUUUGGCUGAA